CCAUCCCAUCCACACGUACACAUUCCACCUCAACACAUGAUGGGCUUGGCCUUGUCGGUCACAGGCCCCUCAUGCCGCCGUUGUCGAGCCAGGGCUUGUUCAGUUCAUGCGCACCUUGGGGAAGCGGCGGAAUGAAUGGCAUGCCGUCCUGCCUGCACACAACACAAACAGAGGGAGAGAGAGGGUUCCGUGAUCCACACACCGACCGUUUCUCUCCUCGCCCUCCUCGCUGAUUGGAUUGCUGGCGGCUUGCCUUGCCUGUUUGGGUGUGGUGUGCCAUCCAUGUAUGGCGGUGACGCUCUCGAUCGAUGAGCAUUGAUGCCGAUGGUCUUUCAUGCCAGAGGGGAAAUCGUGGGGGUUGAACAGAAUGUCAGGCACCAGACCCGACUCCUGCACACCCCCAACAUACACACACAUGGAAGGAAGACACACACAUCCAUCAAUAUGCCCACCACCGUGCCUGUCCCUCCCCCUCUCUCCAUGCUCUCACUCACGGUGAGUGAAUGGCAUAUCUUCGUGUGUGUGGCCAGAGUCGGCUGAGGAUGGGAUGCCCUUCUGCCCAUGGCAUGGCGCGACGAGAACGAACUUGUCGCCGGCCCACAAUGGGGUCGCGGUUGCACCGCAGCUUGAGCAGCACCCUCUCGGCGACCUGUGAGGUCUGCUUGCGGUAUGCGGCCACGUCAGGUGGGCUGAUGCGGUUGGUUGAUGCGCUCACGAAGGCGUCCUCCUCGUCGUUGCGGAUGUUUUCGGCGCGCUUCUCAUCCUCACUGUCAGUCAGAGGUGUCGGCAUUUAGUUCCGGGUCGCUUCGGGCACGUUGAGUUGUUUGCCCCUCUUGCGCUUGCGCUGUUCUACUCCACGCAGCGCCUUUACAGAGUCGAU